AUUUCAUGCAGUCAGUUCUGAGUCAAAUUAAGCCCCUGGCAAAUCGUCGCGUGUGACGUAUAUAAUAGGUCCUUUUCCUCGUAUUACGUGGGGCAACCGCUACUUAUUGGUAGUUACCGACCACUUUACGAAGUGGGUUGAAGCAUGCCCUUUGCGUGCUCUUACUUCUAGGAACAUUUGGCGCUGCCUCCUCGAUGUCUUUUCGCGUUUUGGUUUCCCCCCACAACUGAUAACUGACAACACCACUUACUUCACGAGUCGCAUAUUUGCGAAGUCGUGUUCUGCCUUCGGCAUCAAACACAAAAAGACAGCGCCAUACCAUCCACGCGCUAACAUAACCGAACGCGUCAACAGAAACCUGAGGUCAAUGCUUAUGGCUUAUACCAACCAUAAGGCAUGGGAUAAUAAUCUCUCUGAAAUAGCAUUCGCGACGCGGACCACGGUCAACAGAUCCACUGGUUUUACACCUGCUUAUUUGAACUUUGGUAGAAAAAUCUCAUUUCCGCUGACCAAUACCUUCGUACCGUCGCCAUUGGCUUCUUCCGAUACCAGGCAUUUCGUAAAUGCACGACCGUAAGCGGCUUACAACUGCUAUCACUGCUGCCCGGGAGCACCUGCAUAAUGCUCGACUCGAGCAAACCCGUCAAUGUAACUUGCGCCGCCGUGACGUUCAGUAUGAACCAGGUGAUCUAGUAUUACGUCGUACGCAUCCUUUGAGCAACUCUACUAAAAGUUUUUCGGCGUCCUUAGCACCUCGAUGGGAUGGUCCAUAUGUUAUUUCAGGCAAGCUUGGUAAUCUAUCUUACCGCUUAAAAGAUAGUACAACCGGCAACUUACUAGGACGGCCAAUACAAGUCUCGGAGCUCAAGCGCUAUCUUUCGCCCCCCUGUUCGGCCUAAAAUUACUCUCGUGACACCCCUUGCUGGCUUAUUCACCACUGAAGUUCCAAGCUAUCAAGCCCGACAUAUGAAGUUUCAUUAUAGCAUUGCCAUGCCAGCCAUUUCAUGCAAUGCGCUGCGCAUAAUAAAGAUGUCCAGGUCCCCCCGCGCACUUCGCCAUCGUCCCCGGCUCCACGACAAGUACGUGCCCUACUACCACCAUCUUGGUCGUCGGUCACCGCCCACUGGCCACCGCACCCUCACCACAUGGACGGUAAUGGAUUUUAUAAACACCUCCGUCGGAUGGGUCUCGCGGCUGCCUUGGGAGCUGCAGCCCCGGCCACUCAUCGGGGACUCGCCGGAGCUGGUUCCCGAGCCGUUCCGGGGCCGCCUCCUCUGUGAACGCUUUCCGUCCGAGCGGCCUCCUGUCUACACGCCAGAGGAAGCCCGCAUCCUCUGCCCUCUGUGCCGUGUGCUGGAGAUCUCCCGGAGGGCUCAUCAUGCCGGAUCUCUACACCGGGCCCGGCUCGCCGCAGCUGUCCUGUAUCAGCCUGGCCUUCAGCCGCCAGUUCCCGACACCGUGGAGGCCGCUAUUGCAUUACUCCGCUCACUGCGCCCCCACCUUCUUCGCGAUGAGGUCCUCGAUGAGCACCAAGAACAUCCACCGGGUACCGAAGCACUGGUUCCACUGGAGCCACAAGCGCCCCUUGAGGACCUCAUCUCCCUCGACUUGGAUCCAUGAUCCGAAGGGGAGGGGGUAGUGUGGGGAUGUCGGCCGCAUAGCAGCACCGCUGCGCGCAAUCAUCACCAUCGGCGCUGGCUCACCCGCCUGUGCCACGCGCAUCGAACCUUAGGUUGUAGCGGGAUCAGGAGGCUGGACAUCAGUUGGCCUGGGGAUUUCGUCAGUAAAGGUUGUUCUUUACUUGU